AUGGCAAACCGGGGUUACGACGUGGUUGUCGAUGUGGAUGCCGAGGGCGACCUCGGCCAUACUGACCUGCAAGAGGACCUUGAAUUCCACUCAUCCAACUUCGAAAAUGACCAACGAAGUGCCAAAGUCCAGUCUGAUUCCGCUCCAUUUUUAGGCGGCGGAUCCUCGCGCGGCCGUGAUCGAUCCCCUGGCGGCACUCCAACCAAGCACAGCUGGUGGUCGAUCCACUACUACGAGCGGUUCUUUGAUGUUGAUACAAAUGAGGUGCUGCGCCGCUGCUUGGCUGCUCUCUACCCGCGCUCCAAUUUCCUCGACGUUCUCGAGGGUAACGCCGAUCUCUACGGGCCCGUCUGGAUUGCGACCACCGUCGUGGUCAUUCUAUUCUUGACCGGAACCAUCUCUCAGUGGCUUUCGAACAACGACGACAAGCACUUUGAGUAUGACUUCACUCUACUCUCUGGCGCGGCUGGCCUUAUCUACGGGUACACGGGUAUUCUGCCUAUUGCCCUGUGGGGUGCGCUCCGGUGGUUCGGGAGCUCCACGGCCGACUUGAUCGAGUGCUGGUCAUUGUACGGAUACUCUAACUUGAUCUGGAUUGGCGUUGCUCUUGUCAGUUGGAGCCCGCUGACUGCGCUCAACUGGGCGCUUGUUGGGGUCGGCUUUGCGUGGACUGUCUUCUUCCUGCUGCGCAACCUAUAUCCGGUGUUAAAUGCAACGGAUGCGAAGGCCAGCAAGAUUCUCCUGAUUUUGGUUGUUGUAUUGCACGCCGGGUUGGCUAUUGCGAUCAAGAUUCUCUUUUUUGCACACGCAAGCCCGGUCUCAAAGAAGAACAAGGAUCAGUCUGACGAUAGCGAGAAAGACGAUAAGCGAGGCAUGAUGUUUUGA